AUGACAAUUCAGUUCAAUUAUAACAGCGGUGAGAUUGUCUCGCUGCUGGCAGUUAUAGUGUCUGGAAGAACCAGCUAUAACAUAAGAAGAGGGCUUGUCCAGUUUGUGAACAACCAAAAUAGAGUGUUCCCGCCACAGUUCUUUGAAGUCAAUAAUGGCCAGUUCAAAGCGCUAGUUCAUGUUUCUCCAGGGGAACCAAACAACUUUGAAGUCCAUAUCCUAAAUGAGGCAUCCUUGGAUCCUAGUGGGUUUCCUGUCAACCACCAGAAUGUCGUUGAUUCGGGACGAUUGACGUUAUUUUUCAAUCCUCUACCCCAAAAUAAGCCUGUGCAUUUAUGUGUCAUUUUGGGAAGGGACUCGAAUGGUGCUUACGACAUGCCCAAGUAUAAGUUGAAUCAGGGUCAGCAGGCUCACUUGGCCACGGCUAUUCAGCGGCUCAAAGUGGCUGCUAGAAUGAUGCAGGCAUUCACCCAGGAUGAGUUCCACCGUUUGGGACUCAGUAACAGAUCCUUUCAAUUCGUGGAGGAAACAGUGAGCCACCAGGCCAUUUUUGGCUACAAUGUGGACUCGCCGACUCCUCAUCAGGAAGUGAAGGUGCACGUUUUGCGGUCCCCAAAGACCGUUGCUGAGCUCAGAAACCCCGAUUAUGCCCAGCAGUACCCUGACGCUAAGGAUAACGGUUGGUUGUUUGGACAUGCCAUUGACCUUAUCAAAAACACUCCAGAAAUUUAUGCUUCAUAUAAGCAGACAAAUACAGCGAUACAAUGUGCGGUGAUGUACCUAGACUCCACGUGGAAUAAGAAGUUUAUUACCACUCACGCUGCGUUGGGUGGUGGCACCGGAGAAGUAAAGCUUGCCAUUUUUGGGUCCCAUGGCCUUCACUCUUACCCUUUCACAUUUCCACAAAUUUCAACUACACUUACUGACGGUACCAAGCUAUCUACCAAUGAAGUGGCCAAUGACUGUAACCAGUGUGGUACUACAUGGGAAUGUCAUAAUAUCUGCUUGGGCGCUUUCAUGCACGAAAUUGGUCAUCUGUUUGGCCUGCCUCAUCAGACUGACGGUGUGAUGCUUCGAGACUAUAUGUGGUGGAACCGCUGUUUUGUUACCAGGGAGGUGAGGUGUCUUCGUGAUGGUUCCAACGGUCGAAUUAUCAAUCCUGAUGGUCUGUGGCCGAAAGAGUGCCACUGGAAUAUUCGUGACUUGAUCAGAUACUUCUAUCAUGACUCAUUUUCGAUUCCCGUGGAUGACAACGACCAGACUUUCCCCAAGAGCUAUGCCACUACAAUGAAGCCGGACAAUCUGUACUCCAAUGCCGAAGUGCCCUUGCUGUAUCCUGUUGGCGAAGGUAAGGUGAGUAUCAAGUCAGACGCCGGUAUUUUUAUGAUUGAGCUUGUACAUGAUGACUUGGCUCGUCAUCACACGGUGUUUUACCCGAAAUCAUACUGCGGGCCCGGAUUGCAGCAUGAGAUUAAUCUAGACUACCAUCAAUGCUUACGAGACAUCAGGCUGGCUCAACACGAUGCUGGAGAAAAUUUUGCUGUCCGAGUUUUGUCAGUGGCAGGUGAUCUCUGGAUUCCGGACUUCAAGAAACACUGCCACCUGGCUAACACUAUAAACAGCGACUUUGGCCUUGGAAGAGGCACCAUCGCAGGUGUGAAGAGUGCUCUUCUUGGCUCCGAAAAAGGUCAGAUGAAAUACAUUGGGUUCGAUGUAAACGGAAUUUACAAAAUCCGUGUAUAUCACGGAGGCGCAUUGGAUGGCUUUACUAUCUACUACAAGAGCACUACUGAACAAAAUAACGCACCUCCGGUCCCUCCAAGACAUGGUGGUAGUCUAAGUCGGUUUAUGAACAAGUUGAAUAUUCAGGAUCACAAGGCUCCUGCCGGCCAGGGGGAAGCCACCUUGGGUAACAAGAGACCACACUACACUGAUUUCGAUCUUCAGCCAGGAGAGACCAUAGAGAAGUUUAGUUUUAGAAACGGCCAAUGGAUGGAUGCAAUGAGGAUACACACGACCAAGGGCCGUGCUUCGCCUAUGCUAGGAAACGCAAACGGUGGGCACUUGUCGUCACUUGCCACCCCGGGCCCGGAAUUCCACAUUGUCGGAAUGUAUGGAUACACUGGAAGCUGGAUGGAUGGAUUGGGACUUAUAUACGCCAAACUCAAGUAG